AUGCACUACAUCCAAACCCGUUCUCACGCGAUUGAUCUAACAAAUUUCCAGCAUCAUCUAGCUAGCUGCAAUUUCAUGCUGCGGCGCGAUGUAAACUUGAAACUUGAAUUUCGCAAUGCGGAAACUACCGCAAAAGGCCUCUAUUCUCACACAGUAUUUACUUCUAAUAUUGCUGAGGUUUGCCGAUCCUCACUCUCAAGCUCCAACUAUGAAGUCAUCUCCAACCUAUGCGCAACAAUAAUAAAUCCAUCAUCGUCACCGGAUUGGCUGGGGCUCAUCGCAAGUGAGAUAGGCCAGCUACAUCGUAUCAGGCCUAUGGAGUACCAUCAAAGGCUACUAGACUUCAAAAACAUCGAUACUGUAUUCCUGGCCCAAGUUCUGCGUGAUAGCUUAUUCCGUCAAGAACAACGAUCCCGAGUAGGGUUAAACAGGAGAGGUCGUAGCGCGAGAGGGCUCAGUGGAAGGGGCGAGGGAGGUAGGUUCUGGUGA